AUGUCAAAUAAUAAUUAUAUUGAGAGACAUAAAAGAAUACUAAACAUUGUUUCUCAUCUAGGAUUAAAUAAGAAAAAAAGCUCUAUUCCUACUUUUGAAAAAAAAAGGGUAUCUUAAACAAGAAUCGUAUUUUAUAAACCAGAAUAAUGUUAAGAAGAAGAAGAAGACUAAUUAAUUGUUAAAGCUAAAGAGUUAUUAUCUAAACCACUAAAAAGAAAACAAAUCAGAUCAGAAUCUUAAAUAGUAUAAAUGAUAUCUGAUAAAUAUGAUAUGCUUAAAGAUGAUGAAACUGAAGAAAAUAAUGCUUAUCAUCAUAUUCAACAAAGUUUAGUCAAAUUAUAAGAAUAAGAAAUCUUAGGUUAAUAUCAUGAAGUAAAACACAAUCUAAGAAUGUCUAAAACUUCUUAUCCUGAUCCUGUAACAGUUCCAUAAACAAAACUCUAAAUAUAAAAUAUGUUCGAAAAAAAAUGCAGUCAACACACUGUUUAAUCACCUUAAGAAAAUACUAUUAGAUAAAAAAUUAAUGAUUUCUUAUACAAAACUAGAGAAUCCUUCAUUGAUUUUCAAGCCGAUGUUUCACAUUAUUAAAAUUUCAAAUAGCAUCAUCGAUUAUAUAAACAAAGAACUGCCACAUAUUUUUAACAAUGA